AUGCCCUGGCAGCCUCUUCCCCGGAUCGCCUUCGCCGUCGCGACCUAUCCAUUCGAAGCCGCGAGCCCGGCCGACCUCCCUCUCGAAAUUGGCGAUGAGCUUUACAUAAUCGAAGAGACGCCAGAUGGCAACUGGCUGCGCGGCUACCUGGUGGCGCCGCCGAGUCUGCUUGCCGGCCUGACUUCCGUCAAAGGACAGACGUUGGAAGCUCGCGUCUUCAGUGGCAUCUUCCCGAGAAGCUGUGUGGAAGUUCGAGAGCUGCUCGGCGAGUCGGAUGAGAGACACGAUGAAGACUCUGCCAGUGAUAGCGGCAUUGAUGAUCGUCCGGGCAGCGACUCUGCCAAGAGUGGCAUCACUAAUGGCAUAGAGCCAAUCACAAAGCUGAGCGAGGACAAGGCCCCUGAUUCAAACCAUUGGAAGAGAUCAUUGCAAAGCUUCACAGCUGAUGCCGCCAAGAAUCUGUCUGUCCCUGUGCGCCGAGAUCCUAAUGCACCUCGACCACCGGCGCCCGUUCCGAUGCUCAAGAUUGGCGAUGAGACGCCCACCUCGGCGGACGAGCCGCUUGUCGACGAAAUCGCGUCGUGCCUGCGAGAGUGGCACUCGAAAUAUUUACACGAGCUGCUCCUUUCUCGACAGUAUGCAAAACUUGACAAGCUGUCACAACUUGUUACCUCUCUCAAUCUCCAUCGCCAACAAUUUCUCUAUAAUGUUCUUACCGCGCACGAAUACGACAGAUUGCGAGAGCAAACCGUCUGGGACCUCGUCGCAGUCAAUAAGCUUUGUGGUGGGGAGGUGGUUGUACGAGAUCCGGCAUCUCGCGGCAGAGUCUUGACGGCCGAUGACUCGAUUGUUGAUGUUACCAAGCUUCAGUCGGUUAUGAGCUUGCUGGACGAGCCUCCCCAGGCCACAGUCGAGCUGACGAGCUUGAACCACUUAUUGCUAGACUUGAAAGGCUUUGCUGGAAGUUCCACUGAGGAGACGACGCUUGUAGCUUACCUUGUUAGCAAACCUCAGUAUGGAAAGGGGGUCAACCUGUCCGAAUGUUUCAGCAUUGAGAUCCCGGCAGGCGGCUCGAUCAGUGGUCUUGCACAAAACACCAGCACAAAGACGCUAUUCACAGAUCUCUCAGCCCAUGAUAUUGGCGAUGCACCGUCCGCUGAUUCCGAGCUAUACCUCGUUGUCAAGGUGUUGGGAUCACAGCAAAUCUUUAUUCCCCAACCAUUGUCCCGUUCCGGCACUGACAGCAGCUUUACACGAGACAAUGUAAAGACCCCUCCGGCGAGUUCAGGGAAAGCUUCUAGGAGAAGUAUGAUGUGGGGAAGCAAAACUUCACGAUCUGCCUUUUCCCGAGGGCAUACGAUGAAGAUGGAUUCUGUGUCAGAGGUACAGGAGGGGAGAUCGUCUACGACUCGCUUGGAUAGUCAAGACGGGAAUAGUCACCCACCAAGCACUGCUGGAUCUAAAAGUACUGUUGCAAGCGUUCAUGAGUCUGGACAGCGUGUUGAGCGUACGAUUGGUGUAGGGGUUUUGAAACUCAACUCCAUUAUGAAACAAGCAGAAGAAGUCGAGCAGGUUGUUAACAUUUGGUCGCCAUCGCUUGGAUACUCAAACGAUAGGGAAGCGGCUGAGGAGUUUGAUUCCUUGAUUCGAGAGCUGAUUACCAGUGCUUCCGGGCAAUACGAGAAAUCGAGAAGCGGCGAGCGACUGCAAGUCUCUCUGAGGAAAUUCCACCACCCUGAUGCGGAUGAACUAAUCAAAGCUACGCCUACGAUUCUGUCUGGCGUAUCGAAGACGAACAGGAUUGGCUUUGCUGCCGCGCCGACCAAGUCAAGAUCGGACAUCUACCUCACGCUCAAUAUCGCCGCUUUGGCGAAGCAACAUCUCAUAUCAAGAUAUGCAGGCAGCGCAAUCAACCUCCCCAGCACGGUUAGCGGAGCGAACCUGCAAGUCACCCUGGAAGUCCGUCAGUCUACCGGCGAACGAUUCGAGCGAUGCAUCUUCACAUCUUCUAACACCGAAGCGCUCACCACUUUUAAAUCUUGUUCUGUGGAAAGAGGUGAAGCCUGGAAUCAGACGCUCCGCCUAUCACUCCAGCCGAGCGAUGUAAUGAAUGCUCAUGUGGUCAUGUUUUUGUCAGACAUGCCAAACCCUCCAUUUGCAGUUGCGCACAUGCCGCUUUGGGAGGACCAAGCCUUCAUUCGCGAUGGGCCCCAUGGCCUGCUGCUCUAUAAAAUAGACGAAUUUACCUCGACCGCACAGGCAGGACCAACUGGGAAGGGCGGAUAUCUCUCUACCCCUUGGGCGCCGCGAGGCAAAGAUGACCGAUCAGUUGACGUUACGGGGCCGCUCGCCGUGAUGUUUGUUGAUACCUACCUCUGCAGCACGCGAUUUUCUCAGGAUAGAGUUAUCCUUGGACUUCUCAAGUGGAAAGACCUACCAAAGGAUGAAAUCCCUUCCAUUCUGAGACAGCUGAUCUUUGUCUCGGAAAUUGAGGUCGUGAAGCUUCUCAGCGACGUUCUGGAUGGGCUCUUUGGAAUCCUGGUGGAGCAUACUGGGAAUGACGAGUAUGAAGACCUGGUUUUCACUGCAAUGGUCAGGGUGCUUGGAAUCGUGCACGAUCGGCGAUUCAAUCUGAGCCCCUUGGUUGACCAUUAUGCGGAAACUCAAUUCAAUUACCCCUUUGCUACUCCUUGUCUGAUACGAUCAUUCACUCGACUCCUCAAACGCCCCACGGAACCCGAGACAGCCCGUAAGCUGCGUGCGACUUUCAAAGUCAUGAGACACAUUCUGAAAUUCAUCACUCAAUCUCGCGGGCAGCAAAAGGCGAAGGAAGCUGGAAUAGGAAUCAAUUCCUCCGCUCAAGGAUUUACUAGGAGCCUUCGAAGUAUCUUCAAGGCGCUUGACGCCAUGAUGCGAAACUCGGCACCUGCAUUGGUGGGUAGUCAGACGCUGGCUGUGCAGCACUUCCACACUUGGCUACCAGAGCUCACUGGCCUCUUGACAACAGAAGAGAUCCUGCACAUUGCCAUUGAUUUUAUGGACUCAUGCAAAGACGUCAAGGGCAAGCUCAUCAUUUACAAACUUUGCCUCAUCAUCAACUACUCGAAGCUAGAUAUAUUUGCUCAUCCAGAGCAGAAAUCAGCCCUCAGCACCAAUACCGUACGAUGGAUCUCUCCUCAUUGGGGACACGCUGAAGAGGUCAAUGACCAAUGGCGAGAGCAGAUUCGCCUGUGCUGUUCUAUUCUUGCCAGCCAGAUUGACUACCUGGGCCCAGAAAUCCCCGACCACGUACCUAAUAUUGUCGAUUCAUAUCUAUCGAUUCUUGCCUCGCCGCAAAAGCCUAGGAAUAAGCUCUCGCUUCUAUUCCCCUCAUCCUACCCUUUCCCCACAAAAGCAAUAGAUGAAGACCUCUCCUUUGACGAAGCUCUAACUGAGCUAUCUGCUAUUCUUGCUGCCUUGUCGAAUUCUCCAUUGGGCAUGCAGCUUGAGCUGGCCUCUGAAGACGACUUGACAACCAUUUUGGAGAACCUUCUCAAGGUGCAGAUGAGCAUUUUGACAGGCGAAGCGUUCCCAAGUGGAUGGCUAAGUGUGCACAUCUAUCAUCACAAAUCAACGAUGCGAAUAUUGCAAUACUUGGCUGGCAUCCUCUUGGAUUCUUGCCUGCCUGACCCUGACGAGGCAGAAUCAUUCAACACCGAGCUCUGGAAGCUCUUCUUCACAACUUUGCUGAAGCUUGUAGGAAGCUCGUCACUUGCUCUGGAGACUUUUCCUGAGCAGAAAAGGAGAGCGGUGUGGAAGAUUGCCGGCGAUGUGCGGGAACAUGGAGCUGACCUCUUACGGAGGAUGUGGGAGGCCAUCGGGUGGGAAACCACACCGGAUGAACGUGAGAGGUACGGACUUAGCAACAUUGGCGGAUACCAAGUGCAGUAUGUGCCAACUCUGGUUGGCCCAAUCGUGGGUCUCUGUCUCAGUGUCCAUGAAGGUCUCCGUACAAUGGCCGUUGAAGUCUUACAGACUAUGAUUGUAAGCGAGUGGACGUUGAGUGAAGACUUAUCUGUGAUUCAGACAGAACUCAUCGACUCGCUGGAUGCUUACUUCAAAUCAAAUCCUCUUACAGAGAGCAUUCUCCAGAAACUAUUCAUAACUGAACUUCUGGAACGAUUCCAACCUCUCUCAGAAAUUGAGGAUGAGCCUCUCUACGCAGCUCUGCGAGACCUUAUUGGCACCCUAGACGAGUUCUUGGAUCUACUAGUGGCUGUGCAUAGCGGCGGCGAUGGCAGCGGAGAGGCCUCUAACAUUAUCAACCGGCUUCGACUAAUGGAGUUCCUGCGCGAUAUGCAGAAGGAAGACAUCUUCAUCCGCUAUGUCCACCAAUUGGCAAAGCUACAGGCCGAGUCUAGGAACCAUACAGAGGCUGGUCUAGCCCUACGUCUUCACGCUGAUUUGUAUGAAUGGGAUCCGAUUGGGCAGGUCCCAGCACUGGCUGAACCAGAAUUUCCGGCGCAGUCUCCAUUCGAACGCAAAGAAAAAAUCUAUUUUGACAUGAUCAAACAUUUUGAGGACGGAGAAUCUUGGAGCAAUGCCCUGACCGCAUACAAGGAGCUCCAAGUCCAAUACGAAACCAACAUAUACGAUUUUGCCAAGCUAGCCAGAACAGGGCGAGCGAUUGCAACGAUAUAUGAGAGCAUUUCCAAGAGUGAGAAGAUUACUCCAAAAUAUUAUAAAGUGGUCUUCAAGGGACUCGGUUUUCCUACUUCAAUACGAGAUAAAGAGUUCGUUUAUGAGGGAUCACCCUCUGAACGAGCCUCAGCCUUUACAGACCGUAUGCAAGAGCAGUACCCAUCAGCUCAGAUCAUCACGGGUGGUGAUGUUGAUGAGAUGGAAGGUCAAUUUUUGGUUGUUUCUGCUCUCACACCGCAUCGGGACCUUUCACAUCAACUAUACCAGCGACUCCGCGUGCCGCACAUUAUUCGCGACUUUUUAUUAUCUUCUCACCCUCAGACUUUCUCUGUUACUACCAAGAGGAACACUUCUGGGCCGGUACAGGAGCAUUACGCAGAGAAGCUGGUUUUCACGGCUUCUGAGCCAUUCCCCACACUCUUACGCCGGAGUGAGAUUGUCGAAACUCGUGAAGUCAGGCUUACUGCUCAUGAAACCGCCUUGGAGCGCAUUUCUAGGAAGACGCACGAGAUGACUCUCUUGGAACGACGACUGGCGGAUGGCGAUGACAAGGUUGCGCAGCAGCUCGCAGAUGCUGUUAGCGUUUCAGUUAGCCCAGUUUCAGAGAAUAGCGUUGUGCAGUAUCGCAAGCUGCUUCCUGAGCCACAGAGUGCCGAAGAGGGAGCGGAUGGAGACGAUGACGAUGACGAUGACGAGGAAGAAGACGACGACGACGAGGUUGAGCUCGAUCCCCAAGAAACCGCAAUCAAGAUGACCCUGGUGGAUCAUGCCAUGAUGCUCAAGAGAUGCUUAACUCUCUUUGCUCGAAACAAGAACGAAGCCAUUUCCCGUAAAUAUUCAGAGCUUCAAGGCUAUUUCGAGGCGACGUUUGCACCAGAGAUUGCUCUGUUUGCCCCGCCGCAACCAGUCCGAGAACCCGUUCCAACACCGUCUCCCACCUGGCGAGGAUCAACGCCAGGAGGCGACAAGGGCCCGCAGUGGACAAGCAUUGCCGUCCCCGUGAAUGGAGUGAAAGCUGAAGAGGCAACGGUCAUUCGACAAAUCACCCCUCGACAACGCGGUGCCGCGCGACUGAGCUUCCUCGGCGGAAAGAAGAAAGAAUUCAGCCCCGGCCAGGAGGGGGCUGAUCAAGUCAACGGCAACGGAGGCGACGUUAAAGCCCACACGCGCGGCCUCAGUAAGGACAGUGCUCUACACAACAUGUCUCGAUCCCCGGUUGUGGACCAAGAGGCUGCUGGGGACAAGCGAGGUGUCAGCCUGGACCUGCUCUCUAGAAAUGGUGAUGAGGCUGAGGCAAAGAAAAACAAAAGCGUUCGGAAGAGGUUCAGCCUUCUUAAGCUUGGCAUGAAGCACAGCAAGACUGGAGCUAUGAUGGGGAGCCUAGACGAAGAAUAA